AUGAAAGCAAAGAUCAAAGCUGAGUCAAAUAUAAUUUGGAAAAUCCAAGCAGGCAACUCUAGUUUUUGGUGGGAUAACUGGACUGGUAAAGGUGCAUUGUCCACGGUCAUUCAAGUACUUGGCAAAUCUCCCAAGCUUCUUGUUAACAACUUUAUUCAUGAUGGAGCCUGGGACACUAACAAAUUAGCAGACAUAAUUCAUAUUCACCUUUUGGAAACUGUUACCCAUGUUGGUAUUGGCAAUCAAAAUCUUAGCGACUUCCCAAUUUGGAAUAUAGUCGAGGAUGGCCAUUUCAAUAAUAACUCGGCUUGGAUUUCAGUUGAAACAAUGAACAUGUUUUCAUUGGAAGUGUGCAGCAAAAUUCACAUGGAAUACAGUUGGCAUCUACUGGGGAUAAAGCAUCAAACGGAACAUGUGUUGGCCACCUUCAAAAGGUGGUGGGAAACAAGCUCCAAGAACAAGAAGAAGCUCCAACUCAACAUAAUAGUACAUCAAGCAAUCUGGAAUAUCAAAGUUGCCAUCUUGAAACUUAUACCAACUUGGGACAACCAGUACCUUUGGCCAGCACUCUGUCAGAGAAUUGAAAGAUUGAAACCAAUUCAAAGUUGGAAACAAGUUCUAUGGUCGACACCAAAUCAUGGAGGUAUCAAAGUUAUUACCAAUGGCAGCUACAUCAGAGAAAGAAAUAAAGCUGGAACGGGAGGUAUCGUAAGAGAUAGCCAUGGUGAUCUGAUCAUGGCAUUCUCGAUGACAGUUCAUUAUGGUAAUAACAAUAUCGCGGAAACACUUGCUGCAGAGUUUGAAAUAAAAAGGGACACCAACAAUUUGAAAAUCAAGCAAGUGAUUGACAGAAUGCUGAGCAUCAUACAACAAGCUAAUGUGAGGGUGAACCAUUGCUUCAGAGAAGACAAUCAAGUUGCAGAUUGCCUUGCGAAGUUGCCUUCUACCUUGGGCAAUAGUAUGACUAUCAACUCAUAUCAACAGCUACCUAGAAGCACUAAAGGCUACUUGUUUUUAGAUUAG